AUGGGCGAAGGCGGGCUGCCCCCGGCCUUCCAGCUGCUGCUGCGCGCCUGCGACCAGGGCGACACGGACACGGCGCGGCGGCUGCUGGAGCCGGGGGCGGCGGAGCCGGCGGAGCGCGGCGCGGAGCCCGAGGCGGGCGCGGAGCCGGCGGGCGCCGAGGCGGCCGGGCCCGGGGCGGCGGCGGCGGCCGGGGCGCCGGUGCCCGUGGACUGCUCGGACGAGGCCGGCAACACGGCGCUGCAGUUCGCGGCGGCCGGGGGCCACGAGCCGCUGGUGCGCUUCCUCUUGCGCCGCGGCGCCUCGGUCAACAGCCGCAACCACUACGGCUGGAGCGCGCUCAUGCAGGCGGCCAGAUUUGGGCACGUGAGCGUGGCGCACCUGCUCUUGGAUCACGGGGCUGACGUCAAUGCCCAGAACCGGCUGGGGGCCCGUGUGCUCACGGUGGCCUCUCGGGGCGGCCACCUGGGCGUGGUGAAGCUGCUCCUGGAAGCCGGCGCCUUUGUGGACCAUCACACCCCCUCGGGCGAGCAGCCGGCGGCGGCAGCAGCAGCAGCGGACAGCAGGAACGAGCUGCUGGACAUCACGGCCCUGAUGGCUGCCAUCCAGCACGGACACGAGGCCGUGGUGCGCCUGCUGCUGGAGUGGGGUGCGGACCCCAACCACGCGGCCCGGACCGUGGGCUGGAGCCCGCUGAUGCUGGCCGCGCUCAUCGGCAGGCUGGGUGUGGCCCAGCAGCUGGUGGAGAAGGGGGCCAACCCCGACCACCUCAGCGUGCUGGAGAAGACUGCCUUCGAGGUCGCACUGGACCGCAAACACAGGGACCUGGCGGAUUACCUGGACUCACUGACCACUGUCAGGCCCAAGACAGAUGAGGAGAAAAGGCGGCCUGAUAUUUUCCACGCGUUGAAAAUGGGAAACUUCCAGUUGGUCAAAGAGAUUGCUGAUGAAGACCCCAACCACGUGAACCUGGUCAACGGGGACGGGGCCACCCCCCUGAUGCUGGCGGCCGUCAUGGGGCAGCUGCCUCUGGUGCAGCUGCUGGUGGAGAGGCAUGCUGAGGUCGACAAGCAGGACAGCGUGCAUGGCUGGACGGCCCUCAUGCAGGCCACCUACCACGGGAAUAAGGAAAUUGUCAAAUAUCUGCUAAACCAAGGAGCUGAUGUCACUCUUCGAGCAAAAAACGGGUACACGGCCUUUGACCUAGUGAUGCUGCUGAGUGAUCCUGACACGGAACUUGUUCGACUGCUGGCAUCUGUCUGCAUGCAGGUGAACAAAGAAAAAGGCCGGCCCAGCCACCCGCCGCCCCUGCCCCACGCGAAGGCCCGGCAGCCCUGGAGCGUCCCAGUGCUGCCCGACGACAAAGGCGGGCUCAAGUCCUGGUGGAGCCGAAUGUCCAAUCGGUUUCGGAAGCUCAAAUUGAUGCAGACUCUGCCCCGUGGGCUGUCCAGCAACCAGCCAUUGCCUUUCUGUGAUGAGCCAGAGCCAGCGCUGGACACCACCAUGCGGGCACCCCCCCAGGACAAGACCAGCUGCUCCGGGCUCCCCGAUGCGGCCCCCACCAUGAAAGACAACGGUCCUAGGAGCACGAGAGGAGAGAAGGAAGACGUGUUAUUGACGACCAUGCUUCGAAAUGGAGCCCCCUUCACCAGACUCCCGAGUGACAAGCUGAAGGCCGUCAUCCCCCCUUUCUUGCCCCCUUCCAGCUUUGAGCUGUGGAGCUCGGACCGGUCCAGGACAUGUCACAACGGGAAGGCGGACCCCAUGAAGACGGUGCUGCCCCAGAGAGCCAGCAGGGGCCACCCCAUGGGCAAUGGGAGCACAGACACCACUCCUGUCAGGCCGGUUAAAUUUCCAUCUCUCUCCAGAAGCCCAGCUUCUCCUGCCAAUUCUGGAAACUUCAACCAGUCACCUCAUUCCUCAGGUGGCUCCAGUGGGGUAGGGGGCAUGAGUAGGCACGGCGGGGAGCUGCAUAACCGCUCAGGUGGCAGCAUAGACAGUGUCCUGUCCCAGAUUGCUGCCCAGAGAAAGAAAGCAGCCGGACUCUCUGAGCAGAAGCCCAGCCAUCAGUCAAGUCCUAUUGGGCCAGCCCCUGGGUCCAGCCCUUCUGAACAACCGGUCUCCCCUGCAGGUGGUGGCAGUCCCGGUGGCAAGAAACUGGAGAUGAGCAAAAGGCCUCCGUCUGGAACUUCCACUACCUCCAAAAGUACCUCCCCCACCCUCACCCCCUCCCCUUCGCCCAAAGGCCAUGCAGCCGAGUCCUCGGUGUCCUCUUCUUCGUCCCACCGGCAGUCCAAGAGCAGUGGGGGCUCUAGCAGCGGCACCAUCACCGAUGAGGAUGAACUGACUGGAAUCCUUAAGAAAUUGUCACUUGAGAAAUACCAGCCCAUUUUUGAGGAGCAAGAGGUGGAUAUGGAAGCGUUCCUCACCCUCACCGACGGCGACUUGAAGGAGCUGGGUAUUAAGACAGAUGGAUCCAGGCAGCAGAUUCUGGCAGCAAUUUCUGAACUGAAUGCAGGCAAGGGACGUGAGAGACAGAUUUUACAGGAAACCAUUCACAACUUCCAUUCUUCCUUUGAGAGCAGCGCCAGCAACACCAGGGCGCCUGGAAACAAUCCCUGUACAUGA